GCGCGCAGACCGUGGCCGCGAGAACCUCCCAACCUUUCCCGCCGCUGCCACCACCGUCACAACCUGCCUUCCCCUCACUCGCUCCCUGGCUCCCCUCACGCGUGCACUCAUUGCCUGGCUUCCCCUCACCAUCUCCGUCUUCCUCCUCCUCCUCCGUCUCCUACUCCAUGCCAUGUUACACCGGCACGUCAAUUAGUUCUGACACGUGUUCGCUUGAGUCCAAACACUCGUAGAAAAGUUAAAAGUUGUCGUUAUUUAGAGAGACAGACAGACGGACGGACUUACACACACACACACACACACACACACACACACACACACACACACACACACACACACGUACUAACCCUCUCAACCCGCAAAUACACACACACAGACAGUACGCACUCACAUCCUCACCUCCACCACCACCAUCACCACCUUCACCAACCAAACAAACACCACACAACCAAUCCACACACACACACAUACCCAUGCAAGCCAAGCCACACCCCUACACGCCCUCACACCUCCCCUUCACACCUGCACGCCCUUAUAAUGAAUCGUGAGCUAACUGAGAAGGAAAAAGAAAAAUGAACUUGAGUCAUGCCGCGCUGGGAGCCGUCGACGCUACUUGGCAAACAACGUCUCACUUGAAUGUACCGAAGGCAGGCAGGCAGGGCAGGAGGGAGGGACUCGUAGGUGCGUGUGUUAAGCCUCAAAGUGCCAAGCAAGGUCUGCCAAGGAUUUAGUGCCGUGUUUCCCGCGCCUAGCCUCACCUCUUCUGGCAUCUACCUUCACCACCAUCACCACCACCACCUGCUAAACUUCGCGAGGAUUUACAACCUGAACUGAGCUACGACGAGACGAAAUACGAGAAACAAAGUAAAUAAUCUUCCGAGCACUGUUCUUCGCCACCUCAGACAUAUCAACGCGUGGAUACAGAGAAGGAAAAAGUUGACAUAGAAAGUGUUAACAGUGAAAAAGAGAAACAGAGAAACAGUGGAUAUACAGAUAGAAAAAAAAAACGUAGAAAGAAUACAGAUAAGAAGAAAAAAAAACAAUAAAAGAAAAAGAGGAAAUUAUGUGAGAGAUUUUGUGGAGUUACAACGCUAAGAAAAAAGACUGCUCGAGGAUUCUGUACGUGGGCGAAAGCUGGAAACGACGAGAGAAAAUAAUUAAGGGAACAAAGGAAGGAAGAUCAAAGUACAAGGACCUAAAAAGCGAUACAAGGCGCCAGAGUUCCACAGAAGAAAAAGUAAAGCAAGGAAAGGCGAAGGAAACAAAAGAACAAGAACAAGGACGAGGUGAAACUAAGGUGCCAGUGACAUAAUUUUCUGCUCCGUGGACCCCAACCUCCGCCACCACCACCGCUGCCAGACACUCCAAGCGCCACACUUGUCAGAGAGAAAAACCCACGGCGGCGGCGGCGGAGACAAAGGCGGCGGCGGGGUCGAGAGUGAGACACCACAAUGACGACAGACGGAGUGGCGGAGGCGGUGGCGGCGGUGCAACCUUAUCUAACGACGCAGCCGCCUCCAGGUACGCCCGCCAUGACCUCGGUGGCGAGUGACCAUCCCGGGGGCGCCACCAAUGCAACCUUCGCCGACAAGUUUGACUCCCGGCUGCUUUGGUAUGAAGACUACAUCGUCGGGUGCUUCCUUAUCAUUGUGGGCCUUGUGUCGCUGGUGGGCAACGGCUCCAUUAUGGUCAUGUUCUGCCGGAGACUGAGACACCUGACGGCCGCCGAGGUGCUCCUGCUUAACCUGGCCGUCAUGCACCUGUGUCUGGCGGUCUUCAGCUACCCCGCUCCCACUAUAUCCAGCUUCACGCACCGCUGGCUCUUCGGGAACUUGGGCUGCCAACUGUACGGGUUCGUCUGCUACACCCUCGGCAUCGCUACCAUCGUCUCCAUGGCUGCGUUGGCGGUCGUGAGAUACCUGAAGACGUGCACCCACACCUACAGCAGGAUGAUCACGAGCCAGCACAUGAAGUUCGUGCUGCUCGGAGUGUAUCUCUACUCCUUUUUCUGGGCUCUCCUGCCGCUCCUCUGCCUCGCUCGGGCCUACGAGGUGGAGCCCUUCGGAACCUCCUGCACUUUAAACUGGACAUCCAGCGAGCAAGCUGCCCGAGUCUACAUCCUACUGGUGGUGGUGUUCGUGGUGGUAGUUCCCUUCCUGGUCAUGUUCUGGUGCUACCUCGAGAUCGUGCUCCUCGUCAGGCGCAACCACCGGAAAAAACUCAUCAUGUCCAAGCGUUCGGGCCACUCCCAGGGCCGCACGGAGCUUCAGCUGACCCUGGUUUCGGGUCUCGUGUGCGUCGGGUACCUGGUGGGGUGGCUGCCCUACACGGUGGUCUCGGUGCUGUACGGUCUCCUGGGUCGGGAGUCUCCCAUCUACCUCACCCUCGCCCCCGUCCUGCUAGCCAAGUCUUCCUGCGCCUACAACCCCGUCAUCUACGUCUUCAUCAACGUCAGAUACAGGCGGCAGAUGCUGGCAAUCUUGUGUGAGACCAUCCGACCAGUCCUCUGCUGUCUGGCGCCCCAACCAUGUGAUACCACGGGAAAGCAGCCUGCAGAGACGUCGCAGGAAAUCAAGUUAUCCAGGACAGGAGAAGCCAACCCGGAGUCUAUCGUGAUGGAGGAGAUUCGGCCGCUCACCGCUGCCACCGCCGCCACCACCCUCACAGUCGCCUCCAGGGAUGACUUCAACUCGGCGGUGGACUCGCAGACGGAGCUGGUGACGACGCCAUUAGCCCACUCCCCAGAGCACCCACUCCCCCCACAGCAGGAGGAUGGGAUGACGGCGCCCGCUGCCUCAUCUUCCUCAGGACAGGCUCUUGAGGACACGCAUGCCGCCGGGGCACUAAACUCCACCACUAUCUUUCACCCUCUCUAUAGCUUUCCCGAGGCGGGGGAGGCGGGGGAGAAGCAGUCGAGAAAUGGCAGUGUUGUUGACGGACAGAGAGCUUCGGCGGGCGGGGGAGCCGGGGACGGGGGUGAGGAAGUAAGCAUGGUCUCCUCCCCCACAGAUUCAGGCGUGAUGCCACCCGACUCGCUGCGAGACAGUUCCGUAAAGAGUCAAGGGAGAGGAAAGAGAGCGAGCGAGCCAGAGAUGCAGCCGUUAGCAGAAACCCCGUUGGACCACACAAAGCUCUCACCGGCGGGUAUGGAGGCGUCGCUCUCCUCGCUGCUGACGAGUCCAGCGAAGUCAGCCUUGCCCACCCAGCACGCCACCGAGGACGUCAGCCCCGGGGACGCGCCACGCCCGACGGUUCAUAUAUAGGGAGGCGCUGUUUGGAGGCCUCAGCGGUAGUCCAUCACAUCCUCGAUGUUGCCGACACGCCGCGCCUCCACCUCACGUCUCACGCACCUCAUCGUUAUCAUCAUCAGAGCGGCGUGGCAGAAGCAUCCAUGUCUCACACCUCUCCAUGCCGCUCCGCCCACCAUCACCACCACCACCAUUGCCGUAUCAUUAUCUCUUCACGCUGAAACGGACAAUCAUUGCAGCAAAUCCCUCUCGCACCGCACUACAAUGAAUAUAUUUUACGCUCCAGAGAUUUGUGUCAUGUAUGUUUCAUUUCCUCGCUUGACGGAGGCUUUUUGGCGUCUCUUCUGUACCCCGGAAGCGUGUCGCUGGCCGUGAAAACAAGAUAACGGCGAUUCACGAGGAGCGGCGGCGAGGCAUCAGAGGAAGGGGACGAUAAGCGAACAGCAAUGGAAAGUGACACGUGGGAUAAAAAGGCUCCUGAGUACACUUUGAUACACGAUUGCAUUUUCCAUUAGCAGACACGACGGAUCCCAAAAACGGAGACGUGGGUGCCAGCGUGUUGGCACGAGCACAUGUUUCUUACAGGGUUCCUUCGCCACGUGUGUGUCUCGAGGCGGGCUGUGUGAAGCGUCCCGAGGAAGUGAGUGAAUGAAUACGAAAUGAUAAUGAGCCAGAAUUCCGACGUCACAUGGCGAGUGUACUGUGUGAGGCGUUCCUUGGUGUGACAGAUCUCCUCGAACUAACAGAAGUGGCGGUAUAACUUAAAACUCGUUCCCCUUGUUUAGAAAUGAAAGGUGAGCGAGUAAGUCUCUCAAAUGGCAACGAAAGACAAGAGAACGAACUGCCACACGUAAUAGGAAGUGGCAGGAAUCAUCCACUGUGUUUCUCGUUACGCGUUCGGGUAAUAAAUGAAGGCGGAUCGGCGGCAUCUGUCACAAUGAAUAUCUUUCCCUCCAGAGAAGUUCAUACCCCAGGCAAUCAGAGGGAGCAAGGCGCGUGACAGGGAGUGGCAGGGGGUCACUAGUUUGCUUCCCUAUCCACGUGCAGGAAAGAAAUGAAGGCGAAUGGAUAAGCGUCGCUGGAAAUAUCAAGCAUAGGGGGAUAUACGAACUGACAUGCGAGGUAGGAUGAGGUGAAGGAAAAUGUUGCUGUUCCCUUCCCACCACGAGAAACAAAUGAAGGUGGAUGUAUACGUGAAUGCCGUCCCCUAAAAACGUGUAAUAGUCCAUGCGUGAAUAUUCUUCUUUACACAAUAAGGCGAAGGGUGAAUGGAAACCCUCAGCUGUGGAUGGCGUUCUGGCGUUCAUGUGAAAAAGAAGAAAAAACCCGGACAGCAUUGUCUGAGUUAUAAAAAAGAAAUAAUGAUAGAGGGUCAGCGAGGGGGAAUGAUUUAGUACCCGAAACGUGUGUGUGAUAUAAAAAAGAAUAAAAGUUGAAGGGGAACGAGGAGAACUGAUGCACCAGGACGUGUUUCGGGUGUGCUUACGAGGCCGUUGUGGAGUCCGUCAGUGAGGGAAAUAGUGUAUGACAGGCGGGUGAGUAAUAUGACGUGUGCUGAGGCUGGUGAGUGAUGGAAACCUGUGACGACUGCAGCAGAGAGAAGGAAAACACGAGCAGGGAAAAACAACCUUGAUGGGAGAGUUUGAUAUGACGCCUCAGCUGGAUCUGCGGCGAUGAUUCCAGCACCGACAAUUAGGCGAAACAACAGACUAACGAGGUGGAAGAACUGUAUUGAUGGUGCAUAAGACAGCUAAACACUUAGGCGGCCGCUGCUUUCUGCGCCACCUGCUGCAUUCACUUUAGUAAUGAUAAUAGUAAGAAGAUAACUGACUAGAGGGGAAAAAGACCACAUAAUGUAUCGUGUCUGCCCCACCGAAAUCACAGACAACCCAACGACUGAACGGAAAGAGAAAUAACCACAGUGAAAGUGCAUAAUACAUCAUUGAACUAGAGCGACAGCAGCCAAGAUCCACGAAGCAAGACCAUCAUAGAAAAGAAAGAGAAAUAAUCAACGAGUAAUAGACUAAACCCAACAGGAAUACUUAGCCAACAAAAUAUCUGGGUGAAGUAGGAGCGGAAUAAAGGAAUAGAGGACGAGAACAGAGGCAAGAAGGGUAUAUAAGGCGGCCACUCGUCUCACCAAUACUGUCUUAACACCGUCGCAUUGUACUGACGAAAACAAGGCUUAUGAACCACUCACGGUCACCCUCCCUCGUCUAGCGCACCGCCAGCCUGCUGAACACACACUGAAUGUUACUCACGCUUGUCAAACACAUGAUAACGGGAGCUGCGGGAUAUUCUGCUGCUCAGUAAACAAUGGUCAAACGAGUUACAUGGACAGAGGGAUAGAGAGAGGCUGAGGGAAUGAGAAACGACGGGAGGCGGAAUAUAUAGAAAUCGGAGGAGGAAAAAAAGGAAGACCCUAUAUCUAAGGAGACUACAAACCAACCACCACCUGUCAGCUGCAAGUUAGACCAGAAGGAGACUCCGUUUGUGUUUACUCAGCCGCUGUUGCUUCGUCAAAGGAAACGUAUUGAUGGACUUAGCGGCUAUACUUUAACAUUCCGUUUUCGAGUGUGGCGCAAGGGACUUUGAGAUUACUGCAGGAGCUUAACAUGUGUGAUUUACUUUACUCAAUUUACAUUAACGUCGCCUAUACGCCCCGCCCACUCCAGCCUUUCCUAGCGUUAACCAAUCACGAGCCGCCUUAGAUGGAAAAAGGGGCGUGGCGUGGUGUGGGCCAGCUAGUGAUAUGUACUUAAUGGGAAAGGGGGAGGAGCCUAUUCACCUUGUUAGUGUGGAUGGAGUAUGAUAUGUAGGCUAUGCGGCUCAAUGUGGCUGCCUUGAUAACUUAUUCUUCGUGUCCCUCGUUCGAAUCCAACCAGUGUCUUUUCUACUACUGCUAAACCUCUAUUCUUCCUCCUCCUCCUCCUUUUCCUCCUUCGAAUCUCACUUUCUUUCAUUUAUUCUCCAUUUUCCUCUUUCUCCAUCAUUUAUUCUAAUCUCUACCACUCUUUCAUCCCUCUUCCUUCUCUUCCUUCUCCUCCUCCAUCCAUUCCUUCAUACUUCUCUUGCUCCUUCUCCUUCUCCUAUCUUUUACGUAACAUACACCCUCCUCCUCCUUCUCCUCCUCCUCCUCCUCCUCCUACUCCUCCUAUUCCUCCUCCUCCUCCUCUCCCUGAUCCAGCUUCCACGUCCGACAAUUAUCAUCUUUUUCCACUGAGAAGGGUAAGAGUGGCCAAUCUUUUUCGUGCGCCGUCUUUGUGAUAACGAAUGUUCAACUGAAGUGUCUGUGAACUUUUGUAAACCAGUUAGAAGGGAACCUAUUGUCAGACGGGAGAGUGACAGAGAUAAAUGAAUAGAAAUAUAGAUAGAUAAAGGUAUAUAGAUAGGUAGACAAAGAGGCAGAGAGAUAAAGAGGGAAGGAGAGAGUCUACGGAUAUAGUGAAAUAUGAAAAGCUGCUUCCGUAGAGUUUUACUGGGAAGAAAAUAUGUGAUUUAUAUAGAUUUUCACACCACACAGACACUCAAACAGAUAGAUAGAUAGAUAGAUAGACAGAGAGAGAGAGAGAGAGAGAGAGAGAGAGAGAGAGAGAGAGAGAGAGAGAGAGAGAGAGAGAGAGAGAGAGAGAGAGAGAGAGAGAGAGAGAGAGAGAGAGAGAGAGAGAGAGAGAGCAAAAUUGACUCAAACAAGAUAAUUAUAAGGUAAAGAAAACAGAAACAAAAGAAAACACAAUAAUUUAUUUUCUUGGACUUUGUGCGGACGGUGAUUCGCUUACUUAGAUACUCCCUCUCUCCUCUUAUACAGCUCACUCUUCCUCCUCCUCCUCCUCCUGCUCCUCCUCCUCCUCCUCCUCCUCCUACCUCCCCAUCUCCUCACCAUCACCACCAUCCUUUCCUUUCUUAUCCCAGCAUUUAUUUUCCCUUCCCUCUCUCUUCCUCUUCUCCUCUUUCUUCCCUCCUCACUCUCUUCUUUCUUAUAUUCCCCGUAACUAACCUCCCUUUCCCACCUCUAUCUCUAUAUCUUAUCUAUUUCUCACCUUUAACCUUACUUCUGUCGCCUUCUCACUCCCUAUCAUCACUUCACCUCAUAUGAUUCUCCUUCUUAUAUUAGCUGUUAUUCGUACGCAUCCCUUCCCUUCUUUCCUUUUCCUUCUUCCAUCAUUCUCUCUUUUCCCUUCCUUCCUUUAACAUAUCUUUCUCUCUCUUUCUCUCUUCCUUCAUCCGUCUUAUGCAACUCACCCCUUCUCUUUUUCCUUCUCCUUCUUACUUCAUUAAUCAUGCUCACCUCCCUUUUGUUCUGAUUCCCUCGCUCAUUCCUCCCCUUUACUCUCCCCUACCUUAAUCUCUCUCGAUAUCCUCUGACCUUAAUCUUAAGUUUCCACACUGACCAUCCCAAACGUUCGAUCCUGUAAAGUUAGGCUCCACUCCCUCCCUCUCUCUCUUCUCCUUCUCCCUCUCCAUGUUAUUCACUCCCUUGUCUCUCCACGAAGGAAAGUUAGGCACCAUUCUCUCCCUCUCUCCCUCUCCCUCACCUCUCUCCUUCUACUUCUCCUCUCUCCCUCUCGUUCUCCUCCUUGUUUCUCUACGAAGGCUUAACCACGUGCUUCAAGUUUUACUCUAAAGGGCAAAAGGGUGAGAGGCAGAUGUUCCUUUUUUAUCUGUGUUUUCUGAGCCCCCUCUCACCCCUUGCUCCAUUUGUAUGUCCUUCUCUCCCACUCUCUCGUUCUUUUUCUCUCUUUUUCUCCUUUUCUCAUUCGCUCUCACUGUCUCUCACUGUUUUUUUUUGUACUUUCCGAUUUUUCUCUUUCAAAUACACAUAGGGACACACUUACAUACAUACACACACAUACACUAAAAAACAUACCUACAUACAAACAUGCAUUCAUACAUGAUAUCUGAUGCGCACAGAGACGUCCACGGUUGGCUACUCCUCAUUAUAUUACAAUUACAAUAAUUAUCUCUAUUUUCAUCAUUAUUCUUAUCAUUAUUAUUACUACUGUUUCGUUUUUUUAUUCCUAUCAUAUCACGUGUUUGUUGUUGUGUGUCGUGGCAAAUUAUAUGGUAUCAAUAAAGAAUAUAUAUCUCUAUUAACCUAAAA